AGACAGAGCUGAGGCCCUUGAUGUGGUCCCGCAUUUCUCAUGGAAGAAGUUAUGGGAGUUUAUAGGGCCUGGAUUUUUAAUGAGUGUUGCAUUUCUCGAUCCAGGGAAUUUGGAGGGAGAUUUGCAGGCUGGAGCUAUCGCGGGCUACUCGUUGCUAUGGUUGCUUAUGUGGUCUACUUUCAUGGGGUUGCUCAUUCAGUUGUUGUCCCUUAGGUUGGGUGUUGCUACAGGACGGCAUUUGGCUGAGAUCUGCCGGGAGGAGUAUCCAAAUUGGGCAAGGAUUUUGCUUUGGUUAAUGGCGGAGGUGGCAUUGAUUGGAGCUGAUAUUCAGGAAGUUAUAGGAAGUGCUAUUGCUAUUAAGAUACUUAGUCAAGGGGUUAUUCCUCUUUGGGGUGGUGUACUCAUUACUGCUUCUGAUUGCUUCAUCUUCUUAUUUCUGGAAAAUUAUGGAGUUAGGAAACUAGAAGCGUUUUUCGCUGUUCUAAUUUCCACUAUGGCAUUAUCAUUUGCCUGGAUGUUUGCUGAAACUAGGCCUAGUAGCAAGGAACUCAUAAUAGGUCUAUGGCUACCUAGACUCAGCUCAAAGACAAUUCAGACGGCUGUUGGAGUUGUCGGCUGUGUCAUAACUCCUCACAACGUAUUUCUAUACUCCGCUUUGGUGCAGUCUAGAAAAAUUGAUCCCAAAAAGAAAGACAAAGUGCAAGAGGCACUGAACUACUACUCAAUUGAGUCUUACAUUGCUGUUUUUGUUUCGUUCUCUAUCAAUUUGAUGGUAACAGCUGUGUUCGCUAAGGGUUUUUAUGGAACUUUGCAAGCUGAUAGUAUAGGCCUAGUAAAUGCAGGGCAAUAUCUUCAAGAAAGAUAUGGUGGGGGGGUUUUCCCAAUUCUCUACAUAUGGAGCAUUGGCCUUUUGGCAGCUGGUCAAAGUAGCACCAUGACAGGUACUUAUGCUGGACAGUUUAUAAUGGAAGGCUUUCUGAAUCUGCAGAUGAAGAAAUGGAUAAGGUCAGUGAUUACGAGGAGUUGUGCCAUUGUACCAACCAUAAUCGUGGCCAUCUAUUUCAACAGAUCAGAAGAUUCACUCGAUGUUCUCAAUGAAUGGCUAAACGUGCUUCAAGGCAUGCAGAUUCCAUUUGCUAUCAUACCUCUUCUAACAUUAGUGUCAAAUGAAAAGAUCAUGGGAAUCUUCAAGAUUGGGAAGCUCAUGGAGAGAACUGUGUGGACAGUAGCUGCCCUGGUAAUAAUGAUCAAUGGAUAUGUCAUGUUGAGCUUCUUCCUUUCUGAAGUUAAUGGCCUGUUGUUUGGUUUUGUGGCUUGCCUGGGAGCUUCUGCGUAUGUGGCUUUUCUUGUUUAUCUCAUUUCCCAACGUCAUAACCGUGCAGAGUUGAAUGGUUUUACUCACCUUACAAAUUGA